ACUCUUUUCCUCCACUUUACUCUUCACUACGCUCCAUGGGCUAGAAUCUCUCUCUGCCAUCAUCACACUUCACAGUUCAGAGAGAGAAAAGAAGCAGCAGAGAGCUACAAGAAGAAGAGCUAGAAGGAGGAGGGGGAAUCCAUGGGGAACAUCCUGAAGUGCUUCAGGGGAGACGAAGAAGAAGACCACUACCCCUACUACCAUCCAGGCUCCAGGCCCCACUACCCCCAGCAGCAGCAGCAGCAGCAAGCUGAUGGCCAUGGAGUCGCCUCCCUGGCGCACGACCUCCUCAACUUUGAGAGCGCGUCCAUGGUUCCUGAAGGGCUCAAGCAGCAUGUUACGGCGUCCAAGAAAGCACAGAUUAAAUGGUACCAGAAUAUGUUGGAGGCAUAUAAGAAUGCCAGAACCCCACCGAGAACACCGGAAGAGGCUGCACAACUAGUUGUAUCAGCCCUAAACUGGAUCCAGAGAGCUGAUUUGGAGGGUAUCCUCGAGUUCUACAACUUCCCCAUCCCAUCGCUACCUGCAGCAUCCUCAAACCACCGUCCAUCCUCGCUGCCAGAGGGUGUGCAGUUUGUCUUGAACACUUUACCGGUUCAUAACCAAAACAUUGGAGAUGGCGAUGGCUUUACCGCUUAUGUUGCCACAACCGAUCCGAGGGAGUCUGGGAAUGUUCCUAUAGAAGUACAUGAGAUGGUGAUUGCGAGGACUGAAGCACGCAAUCGUAGGGAUUACAAGAGUGCCGAUGCACUUCAAAGUAGACUUAAAGAAGCUGGAUACAAGAUAAUCGUCUGUUCAGACGAAGAGAUCCUAGCAAGGAAAUACCGAAUCAGAAUGAGGGGAAUUGAUGCACCAGAGCUUAAGAUGACAUAUGGGAAGGAAUCAAAGAGUGCUUUGGUGAAGCUCAUUGGUGGGAAAAGAACCACAAUUCAUGUGUAUGGGCAGGACCAGUUUGAUCGCUACGUUGGUGAUGUCUAUUGCAAUGGUGUGUUCAUCCAGGAGAAAAUGCUGAAGAAUGGUCACGCAUGGCAUUUUACGACCUACGACAAGCGCCCAGAGUUUGCUAAAUGGGAGAGAGAGGCAAGAGCUGCACAGCGAGGGCUCUUUGCCUCACUCAACCCUGAGAAGCCGUGGGACUGGCGAAGAGAGCAGCGCAACGGUGGCAUUCAGGUCUACUAAUGGCUCCAUCCAUGUCUCGAACUAAUGGUCAGAAAGGACCAAUGUAUUGUAUACCACCAAUCUCUACGGUGCAUGUAAAAGGAGCUAUCCCUGAAGCUUGUCUGGUCAAGCUAUAAGAUGGAAUGUAAUUCAUCUUCUGAGCAUACUCCUGAAGAAGAUUCUUGCAGAGGCCAGUUUCUAGCUGAAAACCAUAGUAACAAGUGUGGAUUAGAAUGCUAUUUUAACUAAGCCAUUCUAUUACUUGUGAACUAAGCAUAUUCCACGAUAACAUGUACUGUGAGGUAUGCAUCUGCAAUUAAAGAACCAGGGGCUUGAAUAAAUACAAGCCAAUAGAGAGUAGGAUGAUAUCAGACUUGGGCAAAGCCACAUUGAAGUGGAAGAGAAAAGCUUACAUAUCCACAUGCAACAAUAUGGUCAAAUUAGCAGACAUUACUCAAAGGCUGAUAACACCAAGGAGCAAAGAUGCUAUCAGUGUUCAUGUAACGCAUUGCACGAAGACUUCACCUUACGAAAAAGAUUUCUGAUAUUUUCACAUUAUUACAGGCAGAAUAACUGAAAACAAUUUUACAGGGCUUAACUUCCAUAAUUUCAGGAAGCCCCU